AUGAGGGAGCUGCUGGUGUUGGUGCUGGAUGGCAGGCCUCGUGGCGCUAGAGCGACUCUUGUGAUGCAGGGGGCAGCGGACCUUGGGGAAUGGGUGGCAGUGAGGAUGGGAUGUUCGGGAGGUGAGAGCAGGAUGCAAGGAGGUUUGAGCAGCCCUGGUGCGCUCUCUCACGCUUAUGUACAACAUCCUCCGCUACGGUGUGACAUUCCAGAUAUUAAGGGGCUAUUCUAUGAUGAUGCGAAUAAGUUUCUUGUAGCCCCAACAGCUGAUCGGAUAUUAUACUGGAAGAUAGCUGCAUCUACUCAAUCUGGACCUCCAAACUCUGAUCCAAUUAAUGAAGGCCCCAUCUUAUCAGUUCGAUUUUCUCUGGAUCAGAAAGCCAUAGGGAUUCAGCGAUCCAGUCAUGAGGUCGAGUUUAGAAAUAGAGAAACAGGGGAAGGCUGUAGUAAGAAGUGCAGAGCAGAUUCUGAGACCAUACUGGGAUUUUUCUGGACUGACUGUCCCACUUGUGAUGUCAUAAUUAUAAAAACAAGUGGGCUAGAUCUGCUUGUCUAUGAGCCUCAAUCAAAUGCUCUUCGGUUAGUGGAGUCAAAAAAGUGCAGUGCCACCUGGUAUCUUUACACUCAUGAAAGCAGGUUGCUUCUUCUUGCAUCUGGAAUGCAAUGUACGCUGUUCACUGGAUAUCAGUUUUCUGCUGGUGGGAUCGUCAAAUUGCCUAAGUUUGAGAUGGUGAUGUCUAAAUCCGAAGCAAAUAACAAGCCUGUCCUAGCUGCUGCUGAUGUUCACAUUGUAACAGUGUAUGGUAGGAUUUACUGCUUGCAGCUGGAUAGAGUCGGCAUGGCAUUGAACCUGUACCGAUUCUACCGUGAUGCUGUUGUCCAACAGAAAGCUGCGGUAGCUGGAGCUAAAGUUGACACAAGGUCUAUGAGUUGUACCUCAGUGCCUCAGUUUGACAUCCUGGGCCUGGGUACUCUCCCAGUAUAUUCAAGCAGAAUUGCAGUUAGUGCAGUUGACAAUAUAAUCAUGAUCCAUCAAAUUGAUGCGAAAGUUGUCAUACUUUACGAUGUAUUUAUGGAUUCUUACGCACCAAUAUCUGCACCACUUCCACUGCUUGUGAGAGGACUGGCCAGCAAUAGUAAGCAAGCAGCACAACCUGCAGAUCAGCAAUCAAGUGCUUAUGGCGGGACUUUAUAUGGAGAAGGUUGGAACUUUCUCAUUCCUGACCUCAUCUGUGAUGCUGAGAAUGGGCUACUCUGGAAACUUCAUUUAGAUCUGGAGGUUAAGACACUAAGCCUUGCUAUAGUUCGAACAACCAUCUUGGAAAGGAGGCCAGUAACUUUGGUUGCAAAGGCAAUGGAUAUCAUUCUUGAUUCAUACUCUCGUUCGAUGAAAAUGGUAGGCGGUGCUGCUGGGGUUAGGAGGACGUCUGAGCAAAACCAACAGUCAAGUUUUCAGCCUGUUGAGGACUCCCGUGUGGUUUCUCAGGAACCUCCUGGAACCAUGAUUGGACCUGUUAUCAACACUGAUUCAGCAAGUGGGGUUGAGAGUGGACAGUCACAGUCAAAUUCAGGAGUUGAGCAUGGAAUUGCUAACCUGGCAGCACAUGUAGAUAGGUCAUCUUUAAACACAUCCUCUGAUUCUGACGGUAUUACCAAUACAUCGAGAGCGGUAAGUCAGGCAACAUCAAGUUCCCAGAUAUCUGACGCCACUGGCAAAAGACCGCAGGUUGUAGGAGAGGAUAGCCAACCAUUGGCUUCUGGUACAUCAAUGCAGCAUGGAACACAUGUUGCUAGUGUGGCAAUUUCACCAAUUGAAAUGGUCCAGUCCGUCUUUGUGCUUGUUGAAGAUGAAAUGAUGGGUGAUCCUGCAUACCUUAUUGCUGUCAUCAUGGAGUUUUUACGAAGCCUGUCAAAAGCUGGGCUGAAGGCUCCUCCUGACCUUUAUGUCAUGAUGACUGCUUUGCUGGCCUGCAGCAACCGUUAUGCUGAAAUAGCACUGUUUGUAUCGAACAAGAUUCUAGAGCCGUCCAGGGAACUCGCAAUGCAGCUCAUUGAUCUGGGUCGACAUCAUUCGCUGACAAGGAAGCUGGGAGUGGACAUGCUCCGGGAGAGGUGCCUGCACCAUGACUACGUGGCUGCAUUACUCCAAGACGGGUACUACCUGGAGGCUCUACGCUAUGCUCGAAAAUACAAGGUUAUCACCGUGCAGCCUUCCCUGUUCUUGGAGGAAGCCGUGGCCAAGAACAUCACGCCGAACCUUGCCGCUGUGCUGAGCUUUUUUGCUGAGCUCACGCCGAGUUUCAAGACGACGUCGGACUAUAGCAGAUAUCGGCACAUACUGUCGGAAAUGGUCUGA